UAUCAGUUUUUAUCCUAACUUAGGACCACGUUUAUUUUGGAAACGCCACGUAUUAUUAAACAUUCCCAAUGGAAGAUUAUUUUUAUUGACGAUAAAUUAUUGAGAAAGACAUGCUAGCUAAUAGCUGUUGUUGCUACCACAUAGGCUGGUUGGUUAUCAACGUUCCAUUAAGAACUUCAUUGUAUUCAUUCAUAUUUGCAUUACUUUAUUAGAUACACGCGUAACUUACUAUCAAGAUAUAUUUGCUAAUGCUGAGAUCUGCAGGGGGUUUAAUUCGUUACACGACACUAAAAACACGCUAUGGCUCAACGUUACCACCGAGACCAUCACCACGAGUCUGUUGAUAAGAGAUGCGGAGACUCCAGCGCUGAUUAUCAGACGAAUAAACGCCACAGAUCGUCAGAUGAAGGCCAGCACAGAGCAGCCGAGACCCUGAGCGCUCACAGACAGCUGUAUGAGAGACACUUCCCGCUCUAUAAGCAGCCCGUGGAGGUGGGCUGCUUCUCUCUGGACUCUCGCAGGAGCUUCAGCAACGACCAGAGGCAGCUGCGCUUUAUUGAGUGUGUUUGCAGUGCUCUAGGAGUGGACUUUGUGACAUGGAGAGGACACCUAACCAAAGUGCUGACCACCCCAUACGAGACUCAAGAGGGAUGGAUGCUGGCCGCCUCCAAGUUCAGAGGCUCCAUCUACAUCAGUGAGGUGGAAACAGAGGCGGCCAGAGUGAACCGAGAGACCCGCUCCCAGCGGCAGGAGGAGAUGAUGUACUGGGGCUACAAGUUUGAGCAGUACAUAUGCGCAGAUGAUGUGGAUGGGACUCCAAACCCAGGGGGCGUCGUGAACACCAAUGAAGCGUUCUGUACGGUGGUUCAGACGCGUCUGGCCGACCAUAAGCUGCUCUUCUCUGGAGAAGUAGACUGCCGCGUCAAAGACCCUGAUGCCCCUCCAGCACCGGGAUGUUAUGUGGAGCUCAAGACCUCCGCAGAAAUCUGCACCCCGAAGCAACGAAGCAACUUCCACAGGUACAAGCUUCUGAAAUGGUGGGCGCAGUCGUUUCUUCCUGGAGUGCCACAGAUAGUCGCUGGGUUUCGAGACCAUGAUGGGAUAGUGGUGACUGUUGAGACCUUCCCAACCUCGAAAAUUUCACAACUCAUCAAGAAUGAGUUUAACUGCUGGAAGCCAACAGUCUGUAUGAAUUUCUGCAACGAUUUCUUGUCCUUUGUCAAAUCAGUCGUCAAAGAGGACGACCCAAGACUGGUGUACCUGUUCACAUGGGAUCCACACAGAGACGUGACCUACGCCGUCCACAGAGACUCUCAGUAUACCUUCUUACCAGAGUGGUACAUCAAGGACAUGAGCAGUCCUCAUUCAUCUCACCACUGAUAUACUGAGCUCACACUGUAUGCAGGACGUAAGGACAUCUUUGUCUUGUUUAUGUAUCAUGUGCAUACUGUAUCAGAGCAGUGCAUGACUUGCCAUUGCUUGUGUUUUCUAUGAAUGCUCUGGAUUCAGUGUGUGGCCUUGGAAAGUACACCAAACAUAUCGACUUGAUGUCCAUGUGCACGUUGACUUUUUUUAUAUAAAUAUAUUGGGAUUUUAUCCUUGAUAACCUCAAAAUAUCCUUGAGCUAUUUAACAAAAAGACAGUG